AUGACAGGCACUAAAAAGCCCCCGAGAAUGCCCCAAGGCUUCCGAGCAUGGUAUGACCGAUUAGUCCACAUGGUCCAUCAUUCCGAGUCCGAAAUCCCCGCCCCUGUUGUUGCGCAUAUCGAGCAGCCUUUCUCCCCUGGUCUCCCACAUCUGAACCCCUCCGAUAUGACCUUACCUCAAACAGAGAAGGCUUUCAAUAUAAAGCAGGCCGAUGGCUAUCAGAGUUGGCAGUUUCCUUCAAUACAUGUCCCUCUUCCGGCUGAAUUUGGUAACUGCUAA